CUCGACAGGCUAUGAUUGGCUAAGGUUGUGUCUAGUGUGUCCAUCUUUGAAGGGAUCAUGGGAUGCCAUUGCCACUACAAAUAGGGGCAGGAGAGGGCAAAGUAGCUCAAAGUUGAGGCAUCUGUACCCACAGCAAGAGAUUCAGUAGAAGAGCGCCAAGAAGACAAAGGUUAAGCCUAACCAUGGAGUGGCUCAUGGUUGCAUUUGUAGCCCUGCUUUUGACCAGCCAAGUCCGCUCUGAAGAAAUCCCAUAUGAGCACCUUAUCUCUCAGAUAUCGGCAUGUCCUAAAGAGUGUCACUGCCCUCCAAGUUUCCCUAAUGCUGUUUACUGUGACAACAAGGGUCUGAAACGCAUACCUGACAUCCCACCCUACACCUGGUACCUCUACCUCCAAAACAACCUGAUUGAUGUCCUGUCAGCAGACGCUCUGCGCAAUGCCACACAACUGAGGUGGAUCAACCUUAACCGCAACAAAAUCACAGGUGAAGGCCUGGAGGCAGAUGCUCUUAAGGCCAUGUCCAACCUUGUACACCUUUACAUGGAAGACAAUUUGCUGACUUCCAUUCCAUCUCCUCUGCCUGCUAAAUUAGAGCAGUUGCGGCUCUCCCGAAACAGAAUCUCAAAGAUCCCACCUGGUGUCUUCUCUGGGAUGGACCAUCUCACCUUGCUGGAUCUGCAAGGCAACAAGCUACAGGAUGAUGCAGUUACUGAGGUCAAUCUGAAAGGCCUCAAGAACUUGAUCCAGAUCAAUUUAGCAAAGAAUCAGUUAAAUACCAUGCCCCUCGGCCUACCACCCACAACCACACAGAUCUUUUUGGACAGCAACAAUAUUGAAAGGAUUCCGGCUGAGUACUUUAAAGGUCUUCCCAAAUUGGUGUCUCUCAGGCUCAACCGCAAUAAGCUGGCUAAUGGAGGCAUCCCAAAAAAUGUGUUUAAUCUUUCCAGCAUCCUAGAUCUACAGCUUUCUCAUAACCAGCUCACAGAGAUACCCGUUAUCUCUUCUGGUUUGGAGCACCUGCAUUUGGAUCACAAUAAGAUCAAGAGUGUGAAUAGCUCUGACAUCUGUCCACCUGGUUCACUCGAUGAUUAUCUUGAUGAGAAUGGUCCACGUCUCCGUUACCUUCGCCUUGAUGGUAAUGAGAUCAACCCCCCUAUUCCACGAGAGCUGAUGAUGUGUUUCCGUCUCCUCAGGGCUAUUGUUAUAUAAAGAUCCUACACCAUCUUGAUCCUGUCCAUUUCAUUUACCGGCCCUGAAAAUGUAUGGAAACUAAUACACUUGAAAAGGGUCUAAAAAAAGAGGACUAUCUAUUUGUAAAUUCAGAAAAUACAUAUUGAAAACUGUACACUGCUGAAAAGACCAGCUGAGGUCUUUAGUUUUUGACCAAGAAAGCCCUGUUAAAUAAGCUAGUUAAGAAAGCUGGUGAAUAUACCAGUAUCCAAAAUAUGAUAUAUUCAGGUGGUCUCCCAUUCUGGUCUUUUCAGUGUGGUAGAGAAUAAUAAAACUGGUUCAUAUUUGCAUUUACAGAUGGUUUCUCAUGGCUAUAUUGUAAAACCACUGUGCCUUUCUUAAUUUCCUUCAUAUGGAACAACUAACAGACUUGGUUUGUGGGAAACACCAUUAUCUGUUCAAUGUUCUGUAUAAUGAAGAGAGCUCCAAAACAAUUGUCCUCAUUUUAAUGAAAUGUAAUUUCCCCAUCCUGUGCAAAAUCUAUUUUCACUAUCCAUCAUUAUCCAAAAACUGUUUUACCUCACCACACCAUUCUGGGGUGUUUUUGGACAGAAGAAUUGUGGUCUGAUUAUAGAGCCAAAUUGUAAUAAAGUUAGUACAUAGUGUGGUUUAUUAGAUUUUAUUGAAUGCAUGGAUGUUCUUAGUAUACAUACAGAACCAACAGAAGAUAAACUUGAAUUUUUUUGUUGCCUCUGUUAUAGUGACUGAUAUGUACUGACAUUUAAUAUUUUAAAAAAAUACGUUUAUUUUUACUUUUUAACAUUGCUUUACAUCUUUUUACAAUAAUUAUUUCAAUAUUCAAUCAAUAGUUUAGAAUGACAUCAAUUUUGAAAGAAGCAGCCUCUUUAGGACAGGAAGAUGUACUGUGACCUACUGUUUUAAUAAUUAAUGUAUAAAUACAGUUUAAUUGUGGUAACAUUUUAGGCUGAUUUUAAAAUGUAUCAAAAUGUGAAAAAAAAACCCAUUUUAAACGCACAAAUGUAACAAUUAUUUUUCUUUGUUCAUAUUUAUCACUUCAACCUUCUUUGCAGAAAAAAAUAAUAAUAUGUGAGAUUAAUGUCACAAACUGUGAGAACAUUGUCAAAAGGGAAAAUAUAAAAUGAGAUCAACUUUUGUUUGAUGUUCCUGAUUAAACAGUAGUCCAGCA